AUGGUGGAGGAGAUUCUUGGGCCACUCCCUGCUCGUCCACCAACACCUCCACGGCCUGGUUCACACUUCGAUAAUCCUACCAAUUCGCCCGUCCAAGUCCAAACCCCAGGAAACGAACCCUGUACAGAGUUCCCUGGUGCUACUCCAUCAAGUCGCACCUCCAAACGUGUGAGCUGGGCGUCAUGGGUUGCCCGCGCCAUCGACGAGGAAAAUCCUCCGUUUAAGAAAGACAGUCCGUUCAAGGAUAGCCCUUUUAAAUCAAUUCUGAAGGAAACCAGUUCUCCGAUGCCUGUGUUUUUGCCUACUAUUGAUAAUAAACUCACAUCUCUGUCUCUCUCCAUGCUUCUGGAAUCUGUCAUCCAGCAACUUGCUGGAGAAAAUGUCACCUCCCGUGUGGAUGCAUACCUGCAAUUUUAUAACGCACUUCGGGCAUAUGAGGAGUUACCACCACUGAGGAACAUUUCAGAAAAGCUCAACCUGAUCACAGACUUCAUUCAGCGUGACGUGAGUCGAAACUCUUUGACCAACAUACCUCUCGACAAUAAUCUUGCCAACCAUGCUUUAAAGCUAUCAGCUGUAAUUGUCUGGCAUCCAAAGAUUACGCCAGUUUUAUCUGAUGAGUUCAAGACUUUCCUGAUUGAACAUGCAACCUUCUGUAUUCAUGAACAUAAAGUGCCCAAGUCCGUUUUGACACAUUACAUGAAUAUCCUCUCCACCCAGACCUUCGGCUCCCGAAUCAUGACAACCACGCGCGUUAUACGCCUACUCACCGCAUUAAGACACAUCACAGAGUUUGUCACUGGGAAAUCGAUCGUAGUGUACCGAUUGAACAUAUACUCGCGUCUUCUUUUUCAAUGCCAGUCUACUUUCGUGGCUCAAUCUCCGUUGUGGGCGGAGCAUCUGAUUUUUGGCCUCCUUCAUCACAUCAAAGAUACCCGUCAGAGAGCUAUCACAUUAGGCCUUCAAAUAUCUACAACUGUAGGCCCAAAUCAUACAUUGUCGAUGUCCAUUCGUGACGUUUUCAAUCAACCGAUUCAGAACGGUGGCAAAUUGGCGAGCGAGAUUCGAGAGCGAAUGUCAAGGAUGGUAACAACACCGGAAACUGGUAUUCAUGUCCCACAAAUUUGGGGCGUUUUGAUACUUCUACUCAGGAGCAAGACCCAGAGCUUGGAUGAAUGGGAGUAUUUCAAGGAUUGGAUUCUUCUCCUUCAAAAGUGUUUCAACUGCAGCGAUACUGCCAUCAAAGCACAGGCCAGUGUAGCCUGGAACCGCUUUGUUUCCGCUGUCAAUCCAAAUGAAAAAACAAGUCCGUCCUUGAUCAAGAUGCUCGGCAAGCCAGUACUUUCCCAGCUCGAACGCAAAAAGUCGGAUAAGCCCAUAUCUGUGCCCAGUCAGCUGGCUCUCCGGAGCUACUAUACCCUUCUGUAUUACUGCUUUCGACCCUCAUCUCCUCCCAAGCACCUUGAUCUUGUUUGGGAUGAAUUUGUUGCGCUCCCCUCUCCCCGCAUUCUCGACAGUGCCGCCAAGGCCUGGUCAGAGACCCGAGUAUAUAGCAGUUUGAAAAUUGAGGCCGAAGAACUUUCUCCCCUCGACCCCAAGUGGGUGCGCUCAAGACUACCCAGCGUCUUGAAAGUUUUUGAGUGCAUUUUCAGGUCCUCUAUUUGGAAUCAAGAGAAGCCGGAGAAGUCUAAUGUUGCUGUGGCAUGGAACAAUUUAGCCAAUGCCCUAUGUACGGCCUCAAGCAAAGAAAUAACCCCCUCAGGAGAGUCUAUGCAGGCUGCGGCUAGUAUCCUUGGGCUUCUGCACUGCAUUUGGAUCACAGGACCUGUUUCUCUGAAUGCUACUGGGCACGGCUCAGCUAAUGCCUUUUUUGAGAGAUUUCAAUAUCUGGCCGUAACAAUUAUCAACACGAUCGGAAGCCCUUUCACCGAAAAGUCUGUCUUAAAAACCGCUGACGGAAAGUUUCGAACUGCCAGUGCUUCAGCCCGACGCGAGCUGGACGAAGGUAGAAAUUUGAAGCCUUCCAUUCUACAUCUUCUAGAGAUGAUGACUAGCACUUCCGUGAUCAAUGAUCCCAUUCCAUCCUUUGUACGCUUAAUUGAUGCGACCAUUGAAGCAUCAUGUAAAGGAAGGAUCUCACGUGGGUCUCGCCUGGAACUUUUACAACAAGUGGCAACGUUGAGUUGGCCUUCUAUUGCCGAAUCAGUCGACAAUACCGUUUCAUCCGGGGCAAUCAACAAGUCGCCCCUUUCUGCGGCACUUUGGACAUCCACCGCUCGUGCAUCUGUGGAUGCGUUACAGUCAUUCCCAAUUGAGUCUACCAGAGAGCGUGAUGGGUCUAUUUCCAAAGACUAUGACAACGUUCAUAAGAUUCUGUUUUCCGGUCUCCAAAUUGGGGUUGUGUUUCACGAGUGGUCGAAACUCCUCGAAGUAUUCGUACGCGUCGCACGAACAGAGAAAGGAGUUGAUGCGCUGGGUAUCUUGAUAAUUGAGCCCAUAGCUCAAAGUAUCUCUGGUGUUCAAGUGAAGGAUGCAUAUUUACCGCUAACAUCCUUGCUUGGCCAUGCUCUAACUGAGCCUUUACAGGGCUUGGGAGUCAGCAAUGGCCAAAUUGUUAUGGAGGAAGCAAUAUCUUCGUCUUACUGCAAACUUCUGGAACAGAUUGGAAGAACUCUCCAGCUAGCAUAUGCAACCCUCCAUUCCGAACACAAUUCAUGUCUCGCUAUUUUCAUCGAAUGUUUGACUUCCUUCCUGAACUCUGUGUCGCCAUCAAUUCGCUCCCAUGUUCUGGAUACCCUUCAGGGCUCAUUAUAUCAUUGGGUAAAUGAUGAAGACUUCAAACUUGAUGUGAAGAAAGGUGUUGAUAGUCGCAUUUUGACUGCAUGCCGGGCCCUUACAUCAACCGUUCUCACAAUUUUACAGACAUUUGUGGCCAGGGAUUUUCAAUCCCUGCAGAAAUUUGAGAUCAUCAUUUGUGCUGGUCUGGGGUCAUCCGACAUCUCCCUAGCAAAUAAUUUCGUUGAUUUCUGGGUUUCUAGGGUGAACGACUUCAACGAGUCAGACCACUUAGCUUAUUCGCAGAGCCCCACGGCGAAACAGUUCGCGCAGGUUCCUGAAAGACUAAAAGCCACGGUCAUCCAUGAAGCUAGUACUCUGAAUGCUUCCAUUCCAUCCCUAGCUGUGCAACAGCAGACUGAACCAUUACCUGCCCUACCUCCUACCACAGCCUCCGUUAUAUCCACAGCGAAUGACCGUCGCCAACCGACCUCAUCACCUGCGAUCGAAGUUGCUGAAGACUCAGCCGUCGAGGCUGCAGAGCCAGAGCCACAGUUCCCGAUAAGCACCGACCAAGAAGAACCCGAGGACGCUAUAAAUCCUGAAACUUCAAUUGUAUCCCUACCUAGUACUCGACGCGAUGUAUUUCGAAUGAUCGAAGCUAUCGGGUCAUCUUCACCUGCAUUAGGCUUCGAUACCCCAGUACACUUGAGAAGGCUUAACACUUGGCAGUCAGCAUCUGAGGUACCUUUGACGCCCACUCUUGUACCGACUGAAACGGAGGAAAGCUUCAUCGGUUCCUCUCCUACUCCUGCAACCAGGGAUCCAACUCCCAUGGCGUCGACAGCUGCGGUCAAAGAUGUCGUGUUGGAAGAUACCCCGGAUAUUCCAUCUUCGCCACCUUCAAUGACUUCCCGUUCCCCAAGCCCUAGUAAGAUGUCCAAAAGGGCUAAGAAGCGGCUUGCAAAGUUGAGACACUCCAACUCAAAUUCCUAUGCCGCAGAGCAACUCCCCCUCAGCGGCCCUGUUCACUUGCUCACACCUACACAAAAGAAGACACGAGGCUCGAAGAUCAGUCAGGUUGAAGAUCAAAGUGAACGUACUUCUACCUUGCUAGUUGAUGAAAAUGUUCCUAGCCGACGCACUCGGUCAGUUCUGAGCCAGAGCACUGGAAAUAAUCUGCAUAAUGCGUUAGACACGACAACAACUGCAUCAAAAACAGAUACACCCAAGAAGACCAACGUCCCAGCUUCACAAAACACUCAAACCAAGCCGGAGACGAGAAGCAGCAGAAAGAAGGAAUCGCUAAAGCCGAUUGAAAUCGAUAAUGAUCAACACAUGGAAAAAUCAAUAACUCCCACGCCUGCUGUCACCGACGAUGGAGGCGAUCUGGACGGUGAUGAUUUAGAAAUGCAAAUUGCAUCCCAACUUGGGCAAGAUCUUGAUUUGGAGCUUGAUCUCGGCGAUGAAGCGCCCGCUUCACAGUCUCCAGAAAAGGUCAAUUCACCUCAAUCUACGAAGAAGCGAAAGCGUGACGAUGAUGUCCAAUCCGUUCCCACAACGGAGAGACGUCGUUCAACCAGACUUUCUACUGUAAAGAAUUUGCUUCCAAUCGACAUUGAAGAUUUGCACGCAGCAGAAUCCCAGGAUCCCGCAGAUGUCGUUGAAUCUUCCCAGGUUGCUCCCUCUACUCAAGCUUCCACCACGCCCCGACGCUCUACGCGCAAUUCCCAGCGUAAAACCCACGAAUCACCUGCAGCUCUAACACCUGAUAUUGUCGUGGAGAAAUCAGCUUCGCAGCCACCAUCGAAGAGGCCACGCAACAACCUGAAUAUUGAUGAAUCUUCCAACCUUUUCGUCGCCGAGGAGACACCAAAGCGAAGUAGCGUCACUCCCAACUCCCGCCAAAGACGGUCCUCUCGAAAGAAAAAUACAUCUCGGAUUAUGCCCUCCCAGGGAGACUCAGCUGAUGAUACUGCUAAGCCUGAGGUAGGCUUGGUUGAAGAGGAACAAGUCAAUCAGGCCCCUGUCCACGGUCCAGUGACUAAUACCAAGGAAGUCAACUUGUCUCUUGUUUCCCAGGAAGAGGUGACCACUGAUUCUCAGAUGAUAGAGGCUCUGACAUCGACUGAGUUCGUCGCUGAUGCCAAUGACAAAAUGGAUACGCAAGUGAAUCAUUCCACCGAUCAGAUCGCACAGGUCAAUGAUGUCGCCACAGCAGGCGUUCAAACCGAGUCAACUGAAAGUGCCAACUCUGAGAUCAGUGACAGCGAUAUUUCUCAAUCUCUGAAAAAACUGUUGGGCAACAUGGAAACGGCAAGCAUUAGCCCAGAGUCCCUCCGGGAGAUUGAUGAUCUUCUUUUCAACAUUCGCGUGGCAGUACACGAUGCAUCACGUCGACACCACAAUUCCGCAUAG